AUCGUUCCAAGCCUGGCAUAUACUGCCAAUCGAUUGGGAAAAAGUAUAACUUAUUCAGUUCUAAAAAAAAUUCUCAUACAAUGCAGGUCAAAAUUAUUCUGAUCUUGUUAACUUUUGGUGGGUUCGCCCAGAUCCAUGGGGACUUUGCUCAGGAGGCCCUUAAAAUGCACAAUGAGUUCAGAGGAUUUCACGGUUGCCCGGCCUUGUCACUGGACCAGGAUCUCAGCACCGCGUGCGAAGAAUAUGCAAAGACUCUGUCCAUAAAGGGUGUAAUCGAGUCAUCGUCACUUGAUGGGUAUACAGAAAACUUGUGCAUAACCCGCCUCAAGCCGGUAGACUGCAUAACUAACUGGUAUAACGAAAGGGUCAUGCACGAUUAUUCUGCACCACGGUUAAAUUCGGAAACUGAACACUUCACGGCCCUCAUCUGGAAGGCUUCUACCAAACUGGGCAUCGGCCUCUUUUCAAAGGACGAAACCCAUUACGUUGUGGCGCGCUACAAGCCAAAAGGCAAUAUAAUAUCCGAAUUCAAGGAAAAUGUUCCCGUAGCCAAGGGCAAGGCUGAUCGUUCUACGUCAUUUGGGUUUGGUAUCCUUUUCCUAGUUUCGGUUCUCAUUCAAUUAUUUUUGGAUCAGUUUUAAAUUUUCCGUAAUAAUAUAAUUUAAUAUAAAAUAAUAAUUAUUAUAAUUACAAUAAUU